ACACCCAGACCCUGUGCUGCCACCUGGGCUGCCGCCUCUUCCCCAAUGGCACGGCCCACAGCUUCUACGAGGUGACCCUCAACGGGACGGCUUUCCUCAGCUUCCACGUCCCCAAUGCCACCUGGCAGCGACGCUGGCCCGGUGCGGACCCGGUGGCCGCCUUCGCCGAGAGGGAGCUGAUGAAGUACCCGCUGACCACCCAGGACCUCCAGUAUUUCCUCAACACCACCUGCGUUGGCAUCCUGCGGGCUCAGAGCCCUUGGACAGGGAAACGGAGCAGCCGGUCGCACACCCCGCUGGUGCUGGGCUUGAUCCUGGGGACCCUCACCUUGCUGGGCAUGGCCGUGGGGAUCUUCUUGUGCACGGGAAGGAGCUGGUCAACGUGCCUGACCGAGCUGGAGGAAACAGGAGGAGAAAGCUGGCUGCUGGCCACAGUCAACACGGAGCAGGGCUACGUGGCA